AUGUACGAUUGGUGGUCGGCUCACUUGCUGGAGUGGAAAAGGUCUCGCCGUCACCCCAGUAGUAGUUUAACUGUAAAAAAUAGCCGGGUGAAGAAUAGAAUCCUGCACGAAAAUGCGGUUGUUUUUAAGAUAUGGAUUUUCUUCGGGCAUUUCCACCCAGCUGGCAUUUUCCUGGGAGCUUAUGGUAAAGUGACAGGAUGUGCGGAGAGUAUGACUGCGACUAAGGACUCGUACAGCCUCCCCUUUUUGGCCGCGCAAGGCAUUUCACGUAACCGCUGGAUAGAUCUUCAGGAACUGCGUGUUACAUUUACGCGCCAGCCAGCCAACAGAAGCGGCGUAUCACAGGCCGAUGAAAAGCUAAACCGAGAGGUAGUUAUUAUUGCCACCUGUGCCAGAAGAGGAUCAUCCUUUUCGACGCCUCCAGUGCGGGUCGUCGCCGCAGACCAGACAGACGAAUGGCCACGUACAGCAAACACACUGACUGCACGGGGUGCGGGAUAG